AUGAUAUUCCGCCUCUUCUCCCUCCUCCUUAUGGCCACCAUGGCCGUCGCCGUCGUGUAUCCCGGCGCCAAGAAGCCUUGUACAAACCCAAUACCUCAAAGCAAGUGGAGCCAGGCAAUCCAGCAAAGCAUGAAAACAUACCCGAAAGGAAACAACCCCAAAAUCAACUUUAAGCCGCCCGCUUGGCAAGCAGAUACGCUCAAGGGCAUUACCUUCUACGCUACGGGAGGGUGCCACGGCUCCGGUGCCGACGCUGCCAUAUAUGUUCCACGAAAGGACUUCACUGGAGAUGGGUCCAAGCUGUGUUCCGGCUCCAAGGGUCAGGACAAAGGCGGCAAGGAUGACCUGGAGGGCAAUGGCGCCAGUUUCACGCUCGACGGCAUGAUUGCCUCAAACUGUCAGCUUCACUUCUUCAGCGGCCUUGGCUGCAACGACAAAGAAUGGCUGGGCUUCAUGUCUGCGGCCGAUCAGAAGAGCGGAUGCUCCACGGCUACCAACUCUCAGGGGAAAGCGAUCACAGGCAUGCGCUCUUUCAACUAUGUUUGCGACAGCACGAGUAAAGAUGAUAGGAGCUAG